UCCCUGCUCCCUCCUGAGGUGCCGGUCACAAGCGGUGGGGGCGGUCGCCCUGCUGCUGCCCCGUCCCGCCCCGUCCCGGUGGCGGAGCGCAGCCCAGCCCAGGUCGCCGCUGAUGGAGGCUGGAGCCGGCGCCGAGACGGAGCCGCUGCUGCCCCCGCGGAGCUGGCUCCGGCGGGCUGAGGAGGCUACUGGAUUGGAUAAUGACCUUUAUAUAAACCAAGCCGUAGUGUUUAUAGAAGACGCAAUCCAGUAUCGAUCUAUAAACCACCGUGUGGACUCUAAAUCCCUGUGGCUUUAUAGGCGGUAUUAUUCAAGAAUUUGCCAAUGCAUUUUGAGCUUGACCAUUACUAUAAUCCUGGCUUUGGCUUUCAUUGAAACGCCUUCUUCGCUUACUAUCACAUCAGAUGUACGAUACCGCCUUCCUGCCUGGGAUCCUCCGUGUGGCCUAACAGAAAGUGUUGAGCUGCUUUGCUUCCUCGUGUUCAUAAUUGAUGUGUCUGUGAAGAGUUACUUAGUUGGAUGGGAAGAGUUUUGGAAAAACAGAUGGCUGAUGGCUUAUAUCCUGACAUUAAUUGUUUCCCUUACUGACUGGGUUGUAUCGCUGAGUUUUUUCUGCACAGAGACUGUGAGAGUAAGAAGAAUUCUUCGUCCUUUCUUUCUCCUUCAGAAUUCUUCAAUGAUGAAGAAAACAUUAAAAAGUAUUAACAGCACAUUGCCUGAAAUGGCAAGCGUUGUUCUACUACUAGCUGUUCAUCUGUCUCUCUUUACCAUGUUUGCCAUGCUGCUGUUUGCUCGAACAAAGGAUGGCCAGCAGGAUAAGGAAUGGGUGGGGUAUUUUCGGAAUUUGCCCGAUUCACUGACAUCGCUGCUGGUCUUGCUAACUACAGCAAAUAAUCCUGAUGUAAUGAUUCCAGCGUAUUCUAAGAACCGAGCUUAUUCAAUCUUCUUCAUACUCUUCACUGUAUUAGGUAACUUAUUUCUGAUGAACUUGCUUACAGCCAUAAUAUAUAACCAGUUUCGAGGAUACCUUCUGAAAUCAGUUCAGUCCUCCCUCUUCAGGAGACGGCUAGGAAUCCGGGCUGCAUUUGAAGUGCUUUCUUCCCUGAAAGAGGCUCCUGCUAAUGCAGAACAGUCAUACGUCAGUGUUGGGGCCUUGCUUCAAGUGCUGCAGAAAGUUGAAAUGGAUUCUCGCUGCAAGCAAGCAAUCAUGAGGUCACUCAAAACAUGGUCUGGUGACCAGCUGUCUGCCACCCAGUUCCAGAAGCUCUUUGAAGAACUAGACAAAGAUGCCAUUAAGCAACAUCCUCCCAGUCCAGAGUACCAAUCCCAUUUUAUGCAGAAAGUGCAGUUUGCCUUUGGCCACCCUUACUUUGGCUACCUGGGGAAUAUUGUAGCCCUUGCAAACAUUGUUUCUAUCUGUGUGGUUUUGGUGCUGGAUGCAGAUAAGCAGCCUUCCGAAAGAGAUGACUUCUUCUUGGGGGCUAUCAACUGCUUCUUCAUCCUAUACUAUCUGCUGGAAAUGUUGCUGAAAAUCUUGGCGAUGGGCUUGAAAAGAUACUUAUCGUACCCAAGCAAUAGGUUUGAUGGACUUCUGACUGCAAUUUUGCUGGUUUUGGAGAUUGCAACUUUUGCAGAGUAUGGAUUUCCUCAUCCUGGUUGGAGACCUGAGUUCAUGGGCCUGUUAUCACUGUGGGAUAUGGUUCGAUUGGUGAACAUGCUAAUUGUGUUCAGGUUCCUGCGGAUCAUUCCUAAUAUGAAGUUCAUGGCUUUGGUUGUUACUACAUUGCUGGAUCUGGUAAAAAACUUGAGAGCCUUUGCAGGAAUCCUUGUGGUGGUUUUCUAUGCAUUUGCUAUAACUGGCAUAAUGCUGUUUAAAGGUGCUGUGGUUCCUAUGGGAAAUGUCAGUGUUGUCAAUACAACAUAUAAUAAUGGCACUCUGCAGUGCGGGACCUAUGAACAGCUGGAAUAUUGGCCGAACAACUUUGAUGACUUUGCUGCAGCAGUGGUGACUCUCUGGGAUGUGAUGGUAGUGAACAACUGGCAAGUCUUUCUGGAAGCGUUCUCAAGAUACUCAAGUCCGUGGGCAAAGAUCUAUUUUGUAGCCUGGUGGUUGAUCUCAUCUGUCAUCUGGGUUAAUCUCUUCGUAGCUUUACUUCUAGAGAACUUUAUCCACAAGUGGGACCGUCGCUGUCAUCGGGAGUCUCUCUCAGAUAUUGAAUACCAGAGGACAGUUGAACUAAUGUUCAGAGAUGUUUUGGAAGAACCUACAGAGGAAGAGUUGAUGGAAAAACUGCACCAGCAUCCACACCUGCACUUAUGUAGGUGACUGGUGGGAAGGACUGAUUUAUUUAGACCUCUGUUUUCUUGAGGUUGUCAGCUGGAAGAAACUGGAUGGAUUUUCUGUGAGGUGCUGUUAGGAGAGGCUUGCAGGACAGUAUGUAAGGUUUUGCUUGGUAAUUCUUUGCAGAAAGAUUUUUUUAUUGUUGGUUAGUAUCUUUUUUUUUUUAAAAAAAAGAUAUUUGAAUCUUUGCUAUUUUGACUUGGUUUUAAGUUGCAAUUCUAGAGGAAUAUUGCAGCUACUAUUUUUAUAAACUGUUAGUACCGCAAAAUUUUAUUUUCUUUUUUAAGAUGGUAAAGUGUUAAAAUGACAGUGCACUUUAAAACAUGAACUUUGUAACCACUAAGCCUGCUACUUUGAAAAGCACAAGAAAAUGGAGCUGCCUUUUAUGGUAGAGGAUUGUAGUGAGGGCUGUGCCCUGCAAUUCAGGAAUGGAUUAGGCAGGGCCAGAACAAAAUCCUUCACCUUUCCAUAGAGAGACUGAAACACUAUUUUUCUGAAAUGUGUCACAAACCUAUCUUUCAUAAUUUACAGGAUUUAAUCACUUUAGAACACAAAUUCACUGUAUAUAGUCACAGGGAGUGUUUACUUCAAACCUCUUUCUUUGUUUUUGAUCUAGGGCUCAUGCUAGUUGCACCAUGCUGGUACCUUUGAGCAUUUGUGGUUUUCAAUGUGAUAAAACGCAGCUCUCCUUUAGAGUAGAUAUUCUCUGGUGUUGCUUUUUAGUGAACUUUUCCUUCAUCUUCCUUCCAAGCCCUGUUCUACGCUGUAUUGUGUUCCAUGAAAAAGCUGAGGGGAAGGAACAUUGGCCAGAAGGUAGCAUCACAAUCACUGCAAGUCUCCCACUUAAAGGGAGGGGGAAAAAAAAGGCUGAAUGGGAUAAUCAAAGCUUUUAGCAGUUCAGUUUUUUGAGUCUAGGAAAUUGAAAGUGCUCAGCCAGUGUUGCAAUAUCAUGUUCUUUUAUGGUUUUGUGGCUACUUGCUGUAUACCUGAGUGGUACUUUUUGUGUAAAUAACUUCGUCAACAAAUCUAAAUUUGAGAAAUAACAGAAAGUUAUAUCUGCAUGCUUUUCAUUAGCCCUUAGUAUUCCUCUAAAAAAAGGUGUUUGUUUGAAUCUUUGUCAUGGAACUAGUAAAUCACUAUGAAGAAUAUAAUCAAUUCCAACUAAAAUUACUAUAUGUGAAAAUGAAACUAGCCUUUGGGGCACGGAAUUUUCACUGAGACACUUGUCACUAAAAUAGACAUUGCCGUCAUUCUCCGCACUGACAAAGGUGUGGGGAAGGUAAAUGGCAAUAUAGCUCUUCAUAAAUUUAUGAAUUACCUGGUCUUUUUUAGGUAACAAAACAUUUUAGGAAAGUGCCAAGCUCCAUCCUAUUUACUUUUUCCCUUUCUUGCUUUCCCUCUCUUGUUUUGUUAUUAGUCUUUUCUUAGUUUCCUCUCCCUAAUGCAGGAAACAGUCCGGGAUAAUGGUGCAGUUGAGCUCAAAAGGGUAUUUCUGCAUUGUUGUCUCAUUGUUUAGAAGGUAUGUAGUGGUUCUUGUGUUUCUUUAUCUGCUACUAAUUUUCCUUGUGCUUUGGAAAAAAAUACAUGUCUUGUAGUUGGCAUAUGUGUAGCACAAAUCUGAACUGAGCGCUGAGACACUCAGCCAUCUUUCUAUACUUCUGUAAUCUUGCAUCUGAAGCCUUGCUCUUGUUUUGUGUUCACUCUCUUUUCUCUGAUUUGUAAUCCACUCAAUAACCUAGUUGCACAGGUUUCAGUGGCAUUACCGUAUUUAUUUUCUGCCCUGAGCUUAGAACACACGUUAUAGCAAGUAGAUAAAAGUAUCAGCACACUUCUUCUAUGUUUUUUUUUUUUUUUUUUUUUUUUUUUUCAGCAGGAUAGUUUCCACACCUUUUAGCUUCAUUUAAUCAUAAAACACCAAUUUAUUGGCACUGUUAAUGGAUUACAAAUACUCUGUUUACCUUUUCACUCUACUUUUUUUUGUGUGUUUUCCAUUUUUCUAAGUACUUUGAGAAGCCACUUUGGCUUGUCAAAAAGUAAGUAGGUGGCCAGUUCCUGACCUGGCCAGCUUCUUUUGCUUGCUUCUGGAAAGCUUCUUUUUAUUUUUUUCUGUCUCUUAAGCUUUUUCUUUGACUAUUACAUUUUACAUUCUACUACAGUCUGCCAAAGCAACAUGACUUGGUGUGGGUUUAUCAAAACCUUCAUAACUGUCUCCACUAUGCAGUUUUCACAUCUGGACAAAAGGGAAUAGUCUUAGUCUUGUUCUUGUUUCACUUGUAUGUAGUAGAUGGGAAGUAUAACUAAAAGUUAAUAUAAAAUUGUGGUAUCUAAAGGCAGUUGUACUGGAAGAUGUAAAUAACUGCAAGUCUUGCACAAAAAUUGUAUAAAUAAUGAAAAUGAAUGUAUGUAACUGGGUAAAAUUUGAGGUUUGUAUUAUUAAAAAGAAGUUUCUUCUUAAAAUAUGAAAAUAAUUGAGGUGUUA